AUGAGAUUAUAUUUUUUUAUCUUUUUUGUUAUUUUACUUUUAAAAAUACCAAUAACUUGGGAUACACGAUAUUUCGAUUUGUUUUAUAUCCCAAUAACACAAACUUUAUAUUUCAUAGAUCCUACAAAUGAGAAAUAUGCAAAAUUUUCAUUUUGGGGUUCUUUGCUAUUCGGGAUGCAUUCUAUAAUAUAUCGAAUAUAUGUUACUAUUUACUCAUGUAACUAUCAUUAUGAAGGAUUAAAAGAGGAUAUCUUAUUAAAUUGUCAAUCAUAUAUCAAAUCUUUAACAUUUUCAUUAAUCGUUAAUAGUAUGAAUAUUAUAUUUGGAUUUUAUACGCUUCAUUAUCCAAAGUUGCAUUUUACUCGUAUGAUGCUAAUUCCGUCUAGCAUAAUGAUGAUAAUUGAUUGGUAUUUAUUUUGGACUGAUAUAUUUGGAAAGAUUAUUACAGUUUUUAGUAUAAUAUUAUCAAUAGUAUUUAAUGUUUUAAUUGGAAUAUGGUUCAAAAAAUUUUUUUUCGCAAGAUGUAUUGAUGCUUAG